AUGUUAGUUGGGCUCACGUAUAGGUUCAGCAAUGCUUGCAAGUAUGGUCGGCGAGUAGUAAUGAGUCGGAGUAUUUCCGACUCUGUCGUGUUCACCGCAGUGGACCGAUCUCCAAACAUUCCAUUAAAGACAACGAAGCCAUUGAAACAAGGAAAACUACGAGUUCCGCUAUUAAAAAGUCCGUCACAUUUGGGACACUCGACGAGCCGGGUCAACCGCGCUUAUAAUGAAGAUGAAUAUAGUGCCAAGGUUCUAAGUCUUAAUGGCCAAGAAGUUAUAAAUUUCAAUAUCUUUGAUGGCCACGGUGGAAAUCAGUGCAGUACCUUUCUAAAAGAAAACUUGGCACAGAAUGUGGAAAACGGAGGGAAGGAAAUGAUUGAGGGAAAGGAGGAUUUGGUAAAGAGGUAUGCAAAGAAUAUAGGAGGGUAUUGGAAACGAUGGUACAAACAUCGAGAAAAGACAUUUGCAACUUGGGCUAAUAAUCGGAUACAAUUGACCAAUUUUAAACAAGAGUUGAAGAAUAUUGAUUUAAAUCUACGGUUGCCUUUGACUUUCUUGAGCACCGAUUAUGAGUUUUGUGAGAACAAUCCUAAACUGGGGUCAACGAGUACUUCAGCUUAUUUACAAACAUUGUAUACAAAUCAAACGUCUCAAUUCCAGCCAUUUUUUGAAAACUUUUACUUCAACAGAAAGACAAUAUCGUUAUUGACAAUUGCGCAUAUUGGCGAUACAAGAGCUAUUUUGGUUGAUAAAAAUGGUCUUGCUAACAGUUUAACAGAAGACCAUCAUCCACUGAAUCCAACGGAGACUCAACGAUUAAGAAGAUACGCUGCCAACUUUUUCAUGGCGGAUUCAUUUGGGGAAGAGAGAUUCAUUGCUUUGGCAAACACAAGAGCAUUUGGAGAUGUAGACUAUAAAGAAGUUGGCGUAAGUGCAGAACCGGAGGUGACUCAAUUAAUCAUUGGCGAUUCGCAAGAAAUAAAUCAACACUUGACAACUGAAGAGGUGAAAAAGCACACAAUAAAUGGACUCGGUGGAGACGAAUGUUUCCUUAUUCUCUGUACAGAUGGAGUGACCAACGUAAUCACCGAUCAAGAAAUUGCCGAUGUUGUAAUGACAAGAUAUAGAAGAUCUGGCCAUACUAAGGCGACUCCGCAGAUGUGUGCUCAAGAAGUGAUAAAAUUUGUUGAGUUUGUAGGCGGUGACGAUAAUGCUACUAUUUUAGUGAUUAGACUAAACGGAUGGGGUCAGUGGCCCAAUAUCGAUCGAACUGGAGAAUUAAGACAAUGUCGUUUGGACGACUUUAAUCCUAGACGAGGAAGUGGAUAG